UUUUGACGUAGUGGCUUAGAUAUAAUCAUUUCCAUUGUUAUUGGUGGAGAUAAGUCACGUGUGCGAAAUGUAAGUACUUAUAAGGCAGUAGGGAUGGAUGUUAAAGGAAAUAUAGCAAAACACGAAUGAAUAUCGACAGUUAACGUCAUUCAUAGCUACCAUAUUGCACAGAUGGAUGGACUGUUCGACCAAUCAGAAGUCAGGUGAUGACAUCAUGCCAGCACGCCCGUUAGCCGAACAGGAUACUCUAUUUCCAUUGGCUGACAGGACGACAUCUGGAGAUGUUGAAUUGCAGACCACCAUUAAUACAGAUCUCGUCGGAGAUCCCGAGAAGAGAGACAAUCAUACUACCAAUUUUAGCAUUACUAAACCCGAUUUAAUGGAUGGUAGUUUGGUCGUUCCUCUCCAAGAAGAAACAGAUAAUAAAAUCGAACAAAAUCCAAACUCGGAAGAAAGGAUUACGUGGAAUAAAAAAGCCGACUUUUUAUUAUCUAUUAUCGGCUUUGCGGUCGAUUUGGCAAAUGUUUGGAGGUUUCCUUAUCUAUGUUAUAAAAACGGAGGAGGAGUUUUCCUUAUUCCUUACUUCCUGAUGUUGAUAUUCGGAGCAGUUCCCCUUUUCUACAUGGAACUGGCUCUUGGCCAAUAUAAUAAACAAGGUCCCAUCAGCAUUUGGAAGAUAUGCCCACUCUUUAAAGGUGUGGGAUACUGUGCCUGUCUAGUCUCUUGGUACGUGUCCUUUUAUUAUAAUGUUAUCAUCGGAUGGACCGUAUACUUCAUCUUUGCUUCAUUUUCUUCUGAUCUUCCUUGGAUUCAUUGUGGAAACGAAUGGAACACGGAAAAGUGCAGAGGAGAUAAUUUUACUCAACAAAAUUAUUCUAAUUUAUCCGUCGAAUUGAUUUAUUUGAAUAAAACUUCACCCGUGUUCGAAUUUUUUAAUCGGGGAUUAUUGGAACUACAUCUAAGCACAGGAUUACACGAUUUGGGAGCACCAAAAUGGCAAUUAGUAAUGUGCGUCCUCGUUGUUUUUGUCAUCUUAUUUUUUGCUCUGUUUAAAGGAGUGAAAUCUUCAGGAAAAGUAGUAUGGGUAACAGCUACUGUUCCGUAUUUUAUUCUUACCAUCUUAUUGAUACGUGGUCUAUUGCUUCCCGGAGCGGGUCAAGGUCUUGUUUAUUAUCUAAAUCCAGAUUUCAGUCAACUUCUUCGAUCUCAGGUAUGGAUCGAUGCAGCUGCUCAAGUGUUUUAUUCUGUUGGAGUUGGAUUUGGUGUACAUUUGACUUACGCAUCUUACAAUCCUUUUCAUAAUAAUUGUUAUAAAGAUUGCUUAUGGACAACUGCAGCGAAUAGUUUCACCAGCUUUUAUGGCGGAUUCGUUAUAUUUGCUUAUUUGGGUUAUAUAUCUCACAAAGAACGUGUACCAAUUACUCAUGUUGCCAAAGAUGGAUACGGACUCAUUUUUCAGGUUUAUCCAGAAGCGAUUGCAACCCUUUCUGGAGGACCUUUUUGGGCUGUUCUUUUCUUUACCAUGCUAUUAACUCUUGGCCUUGAUAGCGCAAUGGGUGGAUUAGAAUCAGUUAUAACUGGAUUAAAAGACGAGUACGCAAAAUAUUUCGUAAAAUGGCGAUAUAGUCGCCAGAUAUUUACAGCUGGAGUAUUGGCAACUUCUUUCUGUAUUGCCAUAAUUAAUGUAACGAGAGGAGGUGGUUAUAUGAUGUAUUGGUUUGACACAUACGCAGCUGGUAUAUCACUUAUUUGUUCAGCAUUUUUUGAAGCAGUCGGUAUAGCCUGGGUUUAUGGUCUCGAUCGAUUUUGCAAAAAUAUUGAAGAAAUGUUGGGUUUUCAACCAGGAAUAUAUUGGAGAUUAUGUUGGAAAUUUAUUAGUCCAACAUUUCUUUUAACUGUAAUAACAUUGUCUAUCAUCAAUAGUCCACCUCUUACUUAUCAUGGAUAUCUUUUUCCAACAUGGGCCAUUGCUCUGGGGUGGGGUUUCGCUUUUUCCAGCGUGUCCAUGGUACCUUUAUUUGCUUUCAUCGCAUUUUAUCGAGCUCCCGGAAAUACGUGCUCUGAUAAAUUGAAUUACGCAAUUACACCAGAAUCAGAAAGAGGAAUAGAAAAUCAAAAAACAGAAAGGAAACGAUUUCGGUUGAAAAAUUGGUUUUAUGUUUGAACCGAAACUUAGACAACGGAGGCAAAAUGUUCUAAUGUCUCCAUAAGUGCCAAUUAUAUUUUAAUUCAUUUUAUGACACCAGAAAUUGAUCACAAAGGAUUCUUCAUUAAGUUAUUAUAAUGGUACUCUAGACGAGAGAAAAAGUAAAAAUGGAAUAAACACAUGGAAUAUUUCUAAAACGGGUGUCGAAGAGACUUGGAUCAUCAAUAA